GCUGCCUGUCGGGGCCGGGCGCGCGAGUCGGCCGCCGCGAGCCCGGAGCCCGAGGGGCCCGCGCGCCCGGGGCCCCGCUAGCAGCGCGGGUGCCCCCGCCCCCAUGGAGCCACCCUGGGAGAUCGAGCUGGAGCUGCGGAGGCACAUCGAGAGCUGCGCCUGCACCUGCGACCACAUGGGCUACGGCAACUACAUGGACUACCAGGUGGCAGCCCCCGCACACGCCUGCAUCUGCCGCGCGAUCACCUCCCCCCACGCGCACGCUGCAGUACCAGAGGGCAUGACAUUCCCGGGGUCGAUCCCGGACGUUGCGGAGCGGUGUGGUCGCUGGGCGCCGGACUCUCUCUCGGCAUCGGCGUCAGGGAGCUCUGACGAAAAGCCAAUGCCUAGGCGGCCACGCUGGCGGAUCGCUCUCGCCGGCCUGGUGGUCUUGGCCGGCCUCGGAGCUGCUCUCGCCUUGCCCCUGGCCCUCGGAGGCGGCGGCCGAGCCACGCCCGAUCAGCGUCUCACUACUAUACGAAGAAUGUUACGUGACUCCCCACUCGUCGAUGGCCACAAUGAUUUGGCGUGGAACGUUCGAAAGUUCUUACAUAAUAAAAUAAGUGACUUUAACCUAAGUGCCGGCUUACAUGAAAUCGAACCGUGGGCUCGUUCGCGCUGGUCGCAUACUGACAUCCCGCGGCUCCGACUCGGCCAAGUCGGCGCUCAGUUCUGGUCAGCUUACGUGCCGUGCGGGGCGCGGGACAAGGACGCCGUGCAGCUGGCUCUCGAACAGAUUGACGUGAUCAAGAGGAUAGUGGACAUGAACGCCGCACACUUAGCUUUAGUUACUGACGCUUCAGAGUUAUUAGAAGCGCACCGCGAGGGUCGGAUCGCGUCGCUCAUCGGAGUCGAAGGCGGGCACGCCCUGGGCGAUUCCCUUGCGGUGCUGCGUGCUUUCUAUCAACUAGGUGCUAGAUAUCUUACAGUUACGCACACAUGUGAUACGAAAUGGGCGCGGGCCGCUGGCACCUCGGGUGGGCUCUCAGAGUUCGGACGCGCCGUCGUUCGCGAAAUGAAUCGUCUCGGCAUGCUAGUGGACUUGUCUCAUGCCAGUGAAGAAACAGCCCGAGACGCACUUGAAACAUCUCAAGCUCCAGUUGUAUUCUCUCAUUCCGGUGCUGCAUCGAUAUGCAAUUCAUCCCGUAAUGUCCCAGAUUAUCUCUUGAGAAUGGUAGCUGCGAAUGGAGGUGUGGUAAUGAUUAACUUCUAUGCGAAGUUGGUAACGUGUGGCGACCGGGCGACUGUGGAAGAUGUGGUGGCACACAUUAACCAUGUUCGGGAAGUUGCUGGGGUGGAGCAUGUGGGUCUGGGCGCCGGGUACGACGGUAUCGAUGCUCCUCCCGAGGGACUGGAAGACGUGUCACGCUACCCGCACCUACUGGCGGAGCUGCUGCGCGAUCCGGACUGGAGCGAGGAAGACGUCCGAAAGCUGGCAGGGAUGAACGUGGUGCGGGUGAUACAGGAGGUGGAACGCGUGCGAGACCAGUGGCGGCGCGCGGCCGUGCUCCCGGGGGAGGAGUCUGCCGGCGUCCGUCGCGGCGACUGCGUGUACGGGCCCGCGUGACGCAGGCUGAGAGCCGCGCACUCCCGCGGCCCUGGCCCUCCUCAUACUGCUCAAUAUUGACAUUUGUUGAACGUAGUUAUAUAUGUAUAUUAGUGUCCAAAUGUGAUUUAGAAAAUAAAGUAAUCUCAACCUGACCUCGAUGCACAAAUUGUUUAGCUAAGGAGCCGCCCGCGCUGGGCGUUUCGUUUCGGUGUCGGCGAGCAGUCCCGUGACCCUUCGUAACUAAGGUACCUGACACUCCAUCCACGCACACGACUUCGUAGACGAAAGCCCAAUGCGUUUCGGAUUUAUAAGAUGAUGAGCCAAUGUGAAGAUAUAA